AGGUUCCCGUAUGUUUAGUGUUUUAGGGUACAGGCUGGUGUGUAGAACAGAAGUAGCAGCGUUCGUUGCCUAAAACCAUUUUCUUCCAAUGUCUGAGCCUACAAGACCGAGCAAGGCACUAGUCAUUGACGGCUGCAGUCUGACGCCUGCCGAUCUGCAUCUUCUCGGUCGAGGCGAUACGAAGAUCGAACUAGCGGAAUGCAGCGUAGAACGCGUGAAGAAAGCGAGGCAGCAAGUGGACAAGAUAGUAGCGGAGAAUAGAGUUGUCUACGGGAUAACAACCGGAUUCGGAAAGUUUGCAAGAACAUCAAUUUCUCCUGAGAAGCUAGGUGAGCUUCAGUGUAAUCUUAUUCGUUCACAUGCUGCUGGUGUUGGAAAUCCGCUGACGCCAGAGCGAACACGCAUGCUGUUGGCGCUGAGGAUUAACGUCCUUGCAAAGGGUUACAGUGGCAUCUCACUUCAUGUGCUACAACAAUAUGUCGAUGCCUUUAAUGCGUCCUGCUUGCCGUGGGUCCCAGAAAAGGGAAGUGUGGGUGCUAGUGGAGACUUGGCGCCCUUGUCUCACCUUGCUCUUGGGCUAAUGGGAGAAGGCAAGAUGUGGAGUAAGGAAACCGGAUGGAAAAAAGCUAAGGAGGUUCUUGAUGUACACGGUCUCACACCGAUUGUGCUCUCGCCAAAAGAGGGUCUUGCACUCAUCAAUGGGACACAGUUGAUCACAGCUCUGGGAGCAGAAUGUGUCGAACGGGCAGCAAUUAUCGCCCGUCAAGCAGACGUCAUUGCUGCAAUGACAUUAGAAGCUCUCAAAGGAACAAAUAGAGCAUUCAAUAAAGAAAUUCAUGAAUUGCGACCUCAUCGUGGACAGAAAGAAGUCGCGGCUCGAUUUAGAGCUUUGAUUCAUUCUGAUUUCUAUACUUCUGAAAUUGCAGAUCCGGCGAAAUAUGAUAAAGUUCAGGAUCCAUAUUCUUUACGAUGUUGUCCUCAGGUUCAUGGGAUUGUGUUGGAUACAAUUGAUUUUGUAAGGAACCUCCUAACAACUGAGAUGAACAGUGCAACUGAUAACCCAAUUGUACUGCCUGAAAGUGAUGAAAUCAUAUCAGCUGGUAACUUCCACGGGGAAUAUCCAGCUAAGGCUUUGGACUACCUAGCUAUCGGUGUCCAUGAACUUGCCAGCAUUAGUCAAUGCCGAAUAGAAAGAAUGCUCAACCCAGCCUUGAGUGAUCUACCAGCUUUUCUAGUCGAAGAUGGUGGUCUCAAUUCCGGUUUCAUGUUAGCCCAUUGUACAGCAGCUGCUCUAGUAUCCGAAAACAAAGUGUUAUGCCAUCCAUCCUCUGUCGAUUCCAUUUCAACGUCGGCUGCCACAGAAGACCACGUCUCAAUGGGCGGUUGGUCUGCACGAAAAGCUCUUACUAUUGUGGAGCAUGUAGAACAAGUUUUGGCUAUUGAGUUGUUGGCGUCGUGUCAGGCAUUGGAUAUGCAGAAACCGUUAAGGACGACUGCUCCGUUGCAAGCCGUGUAUUCUCUUGUUCGAGACGAAGUCGGGAUCAGAAAAUGGACAAAAGAUCGAUUCAUGAGUCCAGAUAUCGAUAUUGCUACCAAAGUGUUACAAGAAGACAAAGUGUGGAAAACGGUAGAGCCAUUUGUCAAGAAAUACCAGGCAGCUCAUGAACUUGACACAAUCAGCAACGGACCGUUUCAUGAGAAAUCAGCAUGUUGUAGUGAUGUACCUUCUUCACAUACGGUUGAUAGUCACGUAGCAUCAGCUUCCAAACGGCAGAAAAUGGACUGAAUGAAGAAUGUAGGAGGGAUGAGCAAAUUUCAAUCCCUAUUGUAUUGCAAUGAAUAAUAGGUAUUAGCUGCUUUGUUGAGGCAGUGAACACUGAAAUUUUUUGGCUUACGCUUACCCUAUAUUGUUAUACUUGUAUUGUAGUUCUAGUGUAGAAAUGAUUUGAAGAUUAAAGUUGACAGGUCGA